GCAACAUGAUGUAUUGUUUUUGCUAACAAUUCAAGCUCAUGACGGUACCUCUGACAAAUAUAAAGACGAAAUGCCUUUCAGGCCACAUUUUGGUUUGAAAUAUGUUAGAGGCGUUGAAGUAUGCGAUAUAAUCGGUGAUGAUGGCAAGAAUCGGAAACCUAUUGACGAGAUCGGAAAGCCGCGAGUGGACGAUCGCAAACCUAAAAUUUCCGGAAACACCAGGACUCUCCGUGUAUUACUGGACACUAACCAAUUUAAAAUGGAUAUGGACAGAUAUUCUCGUGUAAAAGAUGAAGACGUAUACGAAACAUUUAAUGUACUAAUGAGAAGAAAGCCAAAGGAAAAUAAUUUUAAGGCUGUGCUGGAAACUAUCAGAGAUCUAAUGCAGAGUGAAUUAGUCGUUCCUGAUUGGCUGCACAACGUCUUUUUGGGUUACGGUUUUCCUGAUAGCGCUCACUAUACGAUGAUGCCAAAUUUACCAAAAGAGAUCGAUUUUCGGGAUACUUUCUUGAACUAUGACCACCUUGUUAGCAGCUUUCCCGAAAAGAAAAUAGUUCCGUCAAAAGGAUACGAAGCCCCCAUUAGCCCUCCAUAUAUCCUUCAAUUUCCGGAAUCUUUGAAAGAAGAUAAAGGUAAAGUUUCCGAAGAAGCGGAACCCGAUGUGCCAAAGCUUGACGAAAUUGUAGUACGAACAUACACCAUGCCAAACAUGGGUCCUUACCCGUUUAAUAUACCAAAGAGAAACUCUGUUGGAUUUACGCCUAGACAAGUGGAAGCUAUCAAGUCCGGGACAAACCCUGGUUUGACUAUGGUGGUUGGUCCUCCGGGUACGGGUAAAACAGAUGUUGCAGUUCAAAUUAUUGCCAAUCUUUAUCACAAUUUCCCCGAUCAACAUACAUUGUUGGUUACGCAUAGUAACCAGGCACUUAAUCAAUUAUUUGAAAAGAUCCUGGCACUUGAUGUCGACGAGCGUCAUUUGCUUCGUUUAGGACACGGUGAAGAGGAACUUAACACUGAAUUGAGCUUUAGUAAAUACGGUCGUGUCAAUUCAUUUUUGGAAAGGAGACUUUUUUUGUUAGGCGAGGUAGAUCGCAUAGCCAAAUCAUUGGAAAUUGGCGGGGAGCACGGGUACACUUGUGAAACUGCCGGCUAUUUUUACCUGUAUCACGUCCUGUCAAGAUGGGAGCCUUACAUUGACAAGUGUCGACAGGGACUAGAGAAUGGCAAUGAUAAAAUCAAGACAAUGCGCGAUGAAUUUCCUUUCACGAAUUAUUUUUCCGACGCCCCGCAACCCCUCUUCUCAGAUGACAUUAGUUACGCUGAAACGCUUGAAAUUGUCGAGGGAUGCUUUCGACACAUCGAAAAAAUUUUUACAGAGCUAGAAGAAAUACGCGGGUUCGAAUUGCUGCGAACGAGCUAUGAUCGUGCAAAUUAUUUGUUAACUAAAGAAGCCAAAAUAAUUGCCAUGACUUGCACACACGCUGCUCUUAAGAGGCGAGAAUUAGUUUCACUGAGAUUCAAGUAUGAUAAUGUGGUGAUGGAAGAAGCGGCACAAAUUUUGGAGGUCGAAACCUUUAUUCCAUUACUGCUUCAAGAGACCGAAGACGGGAAGAGUCGAUUGAAGAGGGUUAUUAUGAUUGGAGACCACAAUCAAUUGCCACCGGUUGUCAAAAACAUGGCAUUCCAACAAUAUGGUAAUAUGGAACAAAGCUUAUUCACCCGAUUUGUUAGACUGGGAGUCCCAACCAUCGAUUUGGACGCUCAGGGUCGUGCAAGGCCAUCAAUUGCGAAUCUAUACAACUGGCGGUACAAGGACUUGGGAGAUUUACCCGUUGUAAACGAGAAUGACGAAUAUAAGAAAGCAAAUGCCGGAUUUACCUACGAUUAUCAACUCAUAAAUGUCGGUGAUUAUAUGGACAAGGGAGAAACGGAACCUGUACCCUACUUUUACCAGGCAAGUAAUCUUGGAGAGGCAGAAUACAUUGUUGCAUUGUAUCAAUACAUGCGUUUAUUGGGGUACCCUUCCGAAAAGAUUUCAAUACUGACGACAUACAAUGGUCAAAAAGCUUUAAUACGGGAUGUUUUGCGCCAGCGAUGUUCGUGGAAUCCCUUAUUUGGUCGCCCAGCGAAAGUAACCACUGUUGAUAAAUUCCAAGGCCAACAAAACGACUGUAGGCAACAGGAGUU